AUGGCUCUAAAAGUGUACUUAAUUGUUUUUAUAGUGUGGAUUGUGAACUGUAAGUGCGAUAUGUGUAACGUGACUCAAUGUGAUUGUCCGUUUAAUAUAACGGUAAAAGAAAGUGGUCAUCAGAUACGAUGUUGUGACAUUCCCAUGCUUACAAAUAAGACUUUUAGGGGGGUUGAAAUAGAAUUCAGUGAAAAAUGUGAUUUUAACAAUAUUAAUUUCGAUGUUCCAAUACUCGAUACGUUUUCAAUUAUCAUGACAAACAAUACCAUUGUAAAACUACGAAUAAACGUUAAAGCCAAUAAUUUACGUGAAUUGAAUUUAUCAUUAAACAGGUUGCAAUAUAUCAGCAAGGAUUUAUUCAGCAAUUACACGAAUCUCCGCGUUUUGAUUUUGAGUAAGAACAGUAUAAAUAAAAUAUCAGCGGAGAGUUUUGUUGGUUUAAAUAAGUUAGAAAAACUAGACCUAUCUGAAAACAACUUGACUAAAUUGGAGAACAUAUUUACGCCCUUAAAAAGCCUGCAGCAUCUCAAUUUAAGCAGGAAUAACAUUGAGUUUAUACUGGAGAAUUAUUUUAAUAAUUGGCUGUUACAACAUUUAGAUGUCUCCCAUAAUAAUCUAAGGAAAUUAGCGCCUGGAGCAUUGCAGUUACUGCCGAAUUUAGCUCGAUUACUCCUGACAGAUAACCCGCAUUUGGGGAUUACACAGUUGGAUACACAAUUGUUAGUUGGCACGGGCCGCAGACUACAGCAGAUCGAUGCAUCGAGAACAGGAUUAUACCAAGUCCCCGAAGCGUUCACACAUUCCGUUCGCUUCCUGUCUCUUGUGGGGAACCAUAUCAGCUCCAUACGCUGUGGAGAUCUAGACAGCUAUCCACUUCUUCAGUCGUUAGACUUUUCAAAUAACAAAAUCAAAUCAAUCGAAGAAGACUCAUUAGGUAGACUAGAAAUGCUCCUAUUUCUGAAUUUAAACAACAAUUCUCUCAUCGUGGUCCCUAAAUCUCUGCCCGAUGAAUUGAAAUAUCUUUCCAUAAAUAAUAAUAUGAUUCAAAACCUCACAUCAGCGGACUUCAAAAGCUUGCCAAACCUUCGUAUCCUAUUAUUGAAAAGCAAUAAAAUACUUUACAUUCAAGAUCACGUGUUUGACGAUUUAUUAUCUCUGGAAAUAUUAGAUUUGUCAAACAACCCACUGCAAAUGCUGUCACCGAGCACUUUUGAUGGACCGUUAUCUCUCCGAGAUCUGAGAUUAUGUUACUUGAAUAUUUCCGUGCCUGCGAAAGAUGGCUCUUUUCCAAUGUCGUCCCCGGAAAGUGUGCAAAUGCUUCACUUACAAUCUAGUCCUGGUCUUGCCAGACAGUUUUUAGCUGACUCGGCCGCGCUCGCCGCCUUCUCUCAUUUGCAAUAUUUGGAUCUAAGAAUGAACAAUUUACGUAACAUACGAAACGAUCUACUCUUUUAUCUUGUGCAACUAAAGACGCUGAGAUUACACGGUAACAAGAUUAACUGCAGCGCGGAGCUGUGGCUGUCUGAUUGGAUGAAUUGGAAUAAAAGUUUGCUAAACAAUGAAACGUGUUACUAUUCAACGUCCGAAGCGAAAGCAGAAAUAAACAAGUACAACUGUACCUUCCCUGAAACUUUCACAAUAAACGAAAGUUUGCCGCCCGUUAAUUUAUAUAGUACUGAAAUGAUAAAUAAACUGCUAAGAUAUUACGGGUAUUUAAACAAUAAAACAGAGAGGUCGUCCUUAAAACGUAAUUAUAAUAAUUUUGGUGACAAAAACAAUAGAAUUACGCUGAAUGUAAACGACACUUUUGUUUCGAGGCUUGAAAAGAAUUUCGUGAAUAAUACAAUAAGAAACAAUGAGAAAUUAGAUACUGAAAACAUGAUUCAGUAUGAGGAUAAUUAUAAUAGAACCGGGAUUGUGGAAAUAUCUAAAAUAGAUAAAAAUAUCACAUCGCUAGUACCAGAACAUUUGGACGCAAUACUGUCCGAAACUCCGACGAUAUCACAAAAUAGAACUAUGCUCAAAACGGGAAAUCGGUUGAACACACCUGUGGCCACCAAAGCAUCUCUUACUAGCCUGGCAUUGGAAAAUCAAUACGCACUGAAUAGCAGCGCGAAUAAUACAUACACGACUCCAAAUAAUAUGGAAUACUCUCAUUACCAGCCGUCGGGCCAUUUCGCCCAAUACUUUGGUAUAGUUUCCGUUUCGUGCUUAAUAGUGAUGUCUUUGGUAUUAUGGCUCAGUAUACGAUUGAGGUAUAAAAGGAGGCAUGCUCCGAGCGUGGACGGAGGGGGGCAGGAACAAAUAGAGGUGUCGAAUAUAUCUGGGGGGGUGCUGUGGUGA